AGGGAAGAAUGCUGUCUUAUAAACAAGGGGGAAGCACUCAGUAAUGAUAUUUGCAGGAGUACAGCUAGGAAGUAAUAUUAUAUAUAUAGUUUUUUUUUUUUUUUGGUGAUGUGGGUGGCUUGUCACCUCACAUGAUCUUUAUAAUUCAAGAACUUGAAGCUGAGUAAGAGAAAUACCAUAAUCCAAGAGUAAAAAGAUAUUACAAGUGAAAAACAGCAAAAAAUGGAAGAAGGGAAAAGUUUCAUUCAAGAAAUUAUUUCAAAGUUUCAGAAUAAGAAACCUGAAGAUUUCAUCCUCCACUAUAAGGGUUGCCAAUAUCCUGCUACUCUGUGCAGACUAGAGACGUUCCAGGCAUUUAAAAACAUUGAAGUAAGGAGGGAGGACAUAAUGUUGGUAGCUUACCCUAAAUGUGGAUUUAACUGGGUUUUGCAGCUGCUAAGAUACAUAGUAUCUUGUAAUAAAACCAACAAUGAAGAACAUCCUAAGCAUGAAGUUCCUAUUAUUGAAUUCAGAUCACCAGAAAGACUGCAGGAAUUGAAGAACAGCCCUUCUCCUAGAGUCUUUGGCACUCAUCUGCAUUAUGAUGAAAUCCCAGCACCUUUCUUUAAGAAGAAAACAAAGAUGGUUGUGGUGUUCAGGAACCCAAAAGACACGGUUGUUUCAUAUUUCCACUUCUGCAAUGGUAACCCACUUCUCCCAUCAUGCAGCUCAUGGGAUGAGUUCUUCAACAAAUUCAUGGCUGGAGAUGUGUUCUGGGGCUCUUACUUUAGCCAUGCUAUUGCCUGGAACAAGCACAUUGAUGAUGAAGAUGUGAUGCUUCUUACUUUUGAAGAACUGAAAGAAGAUCUGACUGGUGGAAUUAAAAAAAUUGUAGACUUUUAUGGGUUCUCAUUAUCAGAGGAACAGAUACAAUCUGUUGCUGAUCGAGGUACUUUUAAAUCUAUGAAGGACAAUUCCAGAAACACACAUUUUAACCUAGGUGAUGUGUUCUUCCGUAAAGGAGAAAUUGGUGACUGGAAAAACCAUUUUAGUGAUCUUCAAAGUGAAGAGAUGGAUGCAAAAUUUGAAGAAUGUCUCGCAGGAACUAAGCUCGGUGCAAAACUGAAGUAUGAUUUAUACUGCAAGACGUGAAUUGGCCUAUAACCUAAUGAGUUAUUACUGCUAAUCUAUGAUUGGUUUAACAAUUUAUUAUGGUUGUAACUUGUUUAAUAGUAGAGAACUAUAUUUGAUUUUUGCAGAAUAUAUGUCUUCACAGGCAUCCAGACAUGGAUGGUAUAAUAAAAAAAAAAAAAUGAAAUCA